AUGAAAAUUAAUCAUAUCUAUCUAUCUAUCUAUCUAUCUAUCUAUCUAUCUAUCUAUCUAUCUCAUUCUUGUUCCUAUCUAUCUACCUAUCUAUCUUAUUUUGUCACCUGGAACAAUCUAUCUAUCUAUCUAUCUAUCUAUCUAUCUAUCUAUUCAUUCAUCUAUCUAUCUAUCUAUGCAUUCUGUAUGCCAUUCAUCCAUCUAUCUAUCUAUCUAUCCAUCCAUCUAUCUAUCUAUCUAUAUAUGCAUUUUCGCUAUUCAUCUAUCUAUUCAUUCAUCUAUCUAUCUAUCUAUCUAUCUAUCUAUCUAUGCAUUCUGUUUACUAUCUAUCUAUAUCUAUCCAUCUACCCAUCAUGCAUUUUGUUCCCUAUUCAUCUAUCUAUCUAUCUAUCUAUCUAUCUAUCUAUCUCAUUCAUGUUCCCCAUUAUCUAUCUAUCUAUCUAUCUAUCUAUGCAUCUAUUCUAUUCAUCUAUCUAUCUAUCUAUCUAUCUAUCUAUCUAUUCAUCUAUCUAUCUAUCUCAUUCUGUCCUUUAUUAUCUAUCUAUCUAUCUAUCUAUCUAUCUAUCUAUCUAUGCAUUCUAUUCGCUAUCUAUCUAUCUAUCUAUCUAUCUAUCUAUCUAUCUAUCUAAUGGUACUUUUACACAUUAUGUUUAUCUAUCUAUCUAUCUAUCUAUCUAUCUAUCUAUCUAUCUAUCUAUCUAUCUAUCUCUUUCUCUUCCUUAUCUAUCUAUCAAUCCAUCUACCUCAUUCUGUUCUUUAUCUAUCUAUCUAUCUAUCUAUCUAUCUAUCUAUCUAUCUAUCUAUCUAUCUAUCUAUUUCUGUUCAUUUCUUUCUCACCCUGUUUCUUUCUAA